AAUGAGUGCGUAGUCAAUAAUUAAUUUUCUUUUCUUACUUUUAGACUAGAACACAAAGAUGGAUCAUCCUAAUCUUCCCUUUGGUUUUGCCCUACCAGGACACACACAUCCACCCAUACCACCAACAGCAAAUAUGUUAGGACCCCACCCUAGUGGUCAUCCUGGGCCAACAUCUAGUCCACCACAAAGUGUGCCUGGUAGAAGAACACCUCUAGGUUCUGUUGGCCUAGGAGGUUUCUAUGCUCAAGGUUUGGGUAUGUUACCGCCCGGAGAUGAAAAUAAACCAGAUUCGGGUGUGGGAACAGCAAUGGAUAAAUCAAGUCCUAAUCUAAUGUUAGCACCAUCAACAAGUAGUAGUGGAAUAGGAACUUCAACAGCUGGAGGGCUAAUAGCUUCUGGUAGUGGAGGAGGUGGAAGUAGUUCGGGUUCGGCAGGAGGUGGAGGAGGUAAACAGAAGAAUAGACAAGGCAAAACUGUGAGAUUAAAUAUAAAUGCAAGAGAACGUCGUCGCAUGCACGAUUUAAACGAUGCCUUAGACGAACUGCGCAAUGUGAUACCGUAUGCUCAUUCUCCUUCUGUGCGUAAACUUUCCAAAAUUGCUACCCUAUUGUUGGCUAAAAAUUAUAUACUUAUGCAACAGAAUGCCAUAGAGGAAUUAAGAAGACUUUUAGCUUAUAUACAAAGCACCACUGGAGCCGCUCCCUUGGAUUUGGCUUCAUUUCCUGCAGCUGCUAAGCUUCAAGCUUUGCUGCAGAGUGCGGGCAGUGAAUUUAAUGAUCCACCCGGUAGUAGUUAAAGUUAAGAUAUUUUUAAUUGUUCAAGGAAGUAUAUAUUUUGAGUAAUUAUUACAUUUAGUUAUAAAAAUGAGUUUAAAGAAGAUCAGUAGGAAAUCGUCAAAUAAGAUCAUUAUUAAUGCCUACAAAUAGCCAAUGUAUUAUUUUCAAUAGAAUUCAUUUAUCAUCCGAAACAGUUUUUUUUCAUUAAGCGUAAAAAAAUAAAAAAUCCCUUUCAUUGAUAAAUUCAAAAAUAUGAAUUUGUUAAAUUAUUUAAAAUUAGUGAAACUAAUUACAUCAGAAAUUAGGAGCUAGCGCUUAAUUAAAAAUUUCUAUUUCACUUGAUUAAUUAGUUCAAAAAACAAUUUUUUUUUGUAAUCAGAAAAAAUCUUAUAAUUAAAAUGAUAAUAUUGCAUCAGUUUGUUAUAUUUGUCUUAAUAAUAUUAUUAUUAAAGAAUCUCAAUAUUUUAAUACAAACAAAUUUAUACUUAAUUUAAAAAAUUACGUUGCAAAAUAAAACGAAAAACAACACCAGCAAAUUUUUGGUAAAAUAUUAAAGUUUUAUUUAUAAAAAUUUAAAUGAUUUUGAAUUUCAACUGAUCUCCUUUUACACCAGUAUCCCUAUAUAAAAUUGUAUUAUAUUUCAUGAAAAAUUUC